AUGUUUAAGCUAUCGCGACGACGCGACCACUCCGUUCAGCCUCUCACGAAGGAAACGGCCGACCCCAAUGCCGCAUCUGCCGCUGCAUCCGCUUUCAUACGAGGCAAUCCAACCCCGUCAUCAUCUCUGUCUUCAGCAGCUGCCGCUGCCGCCUUACGAGCGCAGCCAAGUGCACCGACAAAUGUUGCAGAAAUUUCCUCGAAAAGAAGCCAGCGGCGCACUUCCUCGGUGUCAUCCCCUGCCGGCCGCGACCGAGGCAAGAGUAAGCAGCAGAGAAGCCCUAGCGUGAGUUCCAUGAGCGAACGAACGUUUCGACGAUCACCAUCGCCUGGUCGCACGCCUCUUGGGAAGCAAGAUGUACCCCCCAUGCCCAGCAUCCCUGCCUCUAAGGCCGUCUCAAUUCCGUUGCAGACUCAAAAUUUCCAAACCGCAAGCCAGAAAUCGCAUGGCCAACAGCAAGGCUCUUGGUUUGGGGCCCCCAUCAGUCAGAAUGCAUACAAAGAGAAGGAGACAGAAGCGCUGUCAAAAUUGCCACCGGACUUACCUGAAUCUCGCUCGGGGAGUGUUAGUUCAUCGAUCAACUUCUCAUAUCCUCGCGCACGAAUAACAUACGACUCGCACAUGACAUCCGAACCCGAUCUUGUCUAUGACCCGAAUUCAAGAAGAAUGGUCCCGAAGGAUUCACUUGUGCAAUCGAGCCAUCCAACUGACGGUACUGCUAUAAAAUCGAUAGAGAAAGCAAAGGGAACAAAAGCAGCCAAUCCGGGCCAUAUGCCACAAGAGCCAUACAAUGAAACGAAGCUCAUAAUGCCCAGCAGCAUUCAGCCAGAACCCUUUUCAAUGACGACUGGCCCAUCCUAUGCGGCUGGUGCAUCUCUGAGGAGGGAGAGUCCGGAUGAUGACUCCAGCUUUAACAUCCCGAUGCCGACAACGGCAACGGAAACGCUAUCACAGGAGACGGAACUUGAAGUCGAAGGACCUCGGGAUUGGCAAAAUCAGAAUAGUUCUCCAAACGAAGCUUCCGAAUUUGUUAUCGAGCCAAAUUUGACAACCGGCUUGGCGAGCUGGGACAAUACGAAGAGCGAAGUACCCUUUUCCUAUGCUGGAUCCGGUUCAGAGACAUCCGUACGAUCAGCUCAUUUUGCAUCGUCAACUGAUCAGCCAGUCGUUAAACAUGAACCUCCUCCGCGGUCUCUGUCUCCUAGGAAGUCAGCCCUAAAAUCCGCCAUUUCGAGCAGAGGAAAUCAAUCCUCACAUCCUAAUGAGAAUAUGGAGUAUUCAAUCACAGGCACUUCUCACUUUAACAAGGAUGAUUCUGUUGCAAGUCAGAGAAAAGGUGCUAGAGUAAGCUGGAACGACAACAGCACAGUUGUAGUUGCUGAACCUAGCAAGUUUGAAGAAGAAGAUUUCGCAGCAGUGCACAGCCUUCAAUCAAGACAGAAUACACAGGGCACCUUUGACAGUUUGAAAGCGAGCAGGACAUCUUCACUGCAAGAAGAUGAACUAAUGUCUCCUCGACCGGCGCUUCCGUUAUUUGGAAGCGUGCGUGACAAAAAGGGGAAGGAGCCCGAGGAACGGCAGCUUGUUCGUCCUCGUGAGCAUUCGCUUUCCCCACAACCACUACCGCCGUCCAAUUCUCAAACGCCAUAUUCUACCGCUAAAAACGAAGUUCCCUCGCCUAUAGAGUCGACAAAGUCGUUGCAUUUUGGUCGCGGACAGACUCCAAGAAAUGUCGCCAACAUAUCCAGAUAUCGGGAACCACUACCAGCCAUCAUUGCAUCUACCGAAAGUCUUGGACAUGUGAGCGAAGAUAUGUAUAGUUCCGGGGAUGAGCUGUUUGAAGAUGUCUGCACAGGCACCGAACAGUCAAUGGUUCAAAAAUCGUCGAAAGUUGUAUCUUCAGACUCAAGCCCCCUCUCUGACAUGUCUCCUGAUGAGACUUCAAAGGUAAAUUCAAAGGCAGCCGAUAGAUCGCCAGGCAAUUCAAGUUCAGAUACGGAUCCUUUGUUGAUGCAUCGGGAUGUUUUGCCUACAACUGAGCCGAACUCUCUUCCGGGAAGUUUCCCAGUUGAUGACGAUGUCUCUAAGCCCCAUAUAGACGACGCAAACGAAUCCAUCACGUCUGUGUUGGCACAGACUUCAAGGUAUAAGACUGGCAUCCAGGAAGACGAGGAAUCAGAUAAGGAUAGUAUUUACAGCGAUGCAUAUGAAGACCUAUCCGAAGCUGGCGAUGGUGGAUUCAUAUCCCUUGAUGCAGCACUGGUCGACUCACCAUUGCUAAGCAUGGGCGGCAACGAAUCAAGGAUCAAUGCAAGCACUGGGGGAAUGCCGUUGGAUAAAACCACCAGUGCUCCCAUUCAAUCAUCUGAUGACUGGGAGAAGGCUAAAGCAUACUGGAAAAGCCUUACAUCUGAGGAAAGACGCCAGCUCGAAAUAGAGGCACUUCGGGAAGCUGAUGAUGAGGCUGUGCGGGAGCGUGUACCGACAAAGCGAACUACAACCUUGGCUAAUGUCUCUAAGAACCCCUCUAAUUCGGAACAGAGAGGUCAACGUCACCAAUCCCAACAAGAUCACCUAUUGCGAACCGAAUUAGUAUCAGUAUCACCUGGAGAAGCAAGGCAGCAAUCAAUGCCGUUUCAAACCCCCGUCUCGGGCCGUGCUGGUUUCAAACCAGCUGAUGGAUCUCGAAAUUCGUCCAAAAAGAAUACUACAAUGGAAAUGAAAAGGGGAGAAGAGCCCAUGAGACACACUGAUUUUUCUGAGGCGUCAAAAAGAACAUACGGCACACAACCCGACGACAGAGCCUACGGUAAACAUCAAGUCUACUUUACGACGCCGAGGAUCCGAUUCCAGCAUCACUCAGCUGCACCAGCCGCUCCUUCUCGGUCAUUAGCAGAGAAUUCAAGGCAUCAGCCAUUCCAACGACACUCGGUCGCGCCACAUAUCAACCAAUCUCUAUCGAGAAAAGACGAGGAUUCGACAUAUGGCGAUCACAUCUCAGACUCUAGCGAUGACGACAUGAACACAACCCCAUUGACGAAUGGCUCUAUCACGGGUGAUGAAUAUGAACCCGUUCAUUCGAGGUUGAAGCAGUCUAUUCUUAAUAUGUAUGCACGCAACAACCCUCCUGACCAAAAUUCUAGUGCCAGCGCAGGUUUCAACUCCAGUUUGCCAAAACACGAUGGGCCAAAACUGAGAGGUGACCAAUUCCACAAUGAGGAGAAUGCCCAUAUACCUCUUGAUCAGUUGUCUGAGGCCUCGCCUCGCCGACCAGGGCUCAUCUCCACGCUCAGGCGCAAGAGUUAUGGGAAUUUCAGAGAUUCCAGCAAUGCUGCCACACUGCAGCAAAACACUGAAGCCGCAACGUCUACACGAAACAGCGUCAUACCCAACCAUGCAAUAGGCUGGCCAUUGCAGAAUGGGAAGGGCGAGGCGAAUGAAGCUUCAAUGACGUCACCGCUUGGAGACACAGGAAGACGAUCCGCAGCUAGUGGCUCUGUUCCCAAGGAUGAACUGACGUCAGAACCCCGCCAUCAACAUGAGCUUCAGCUUUAUGAAGGUAGCUCUGAUGCAAACCACGCUAAUACUCUCCUAUCACAAGAACCUAAGCGAAAGAAGUUUAACAGCUUAAGAAAAAUGUUUAAAAUUAAUAAUUAG